AUGGAGGCCGGUGCCUACGAGAGGUUUGAGGAGAAGAAGCUCGAUCCGGAGUGGCUCAAGGCGUUCAAGGAGGAGGGAGAGAGGAAGAAGGCAGCAAAGGAGAAGCAACCUGAUGAGAGAAUAGAGGAGUCGGUGUCUGCGACAAUUCAGGCGACGGUGCGGUCAGUGCGCGUCCAUUCCAAAGUGUCGUUCCUCAACCUCUCGGACGGUUCACUGGCAGGAGACUCGACGAUCCAAGCUGUCCUUCGCAAUUCCGUCACACUCAAAGAAGCAGAAGGCAAAAUCUUGUCGCCAGGAGCCGCAGUCCGGCUCACAGGCAAGCUGCAAGCUAGCAGAGGCAAAGGGCAACAACUCGACUUCGUCAUCAACUCAGGCAGCGUGGUAGCAGGUUGCGAUGCUGCGCGGCAUCCCUUCUUGUCAACGAGCUUCGAGCCGUCGACCUCUUUGGCCCGAAAGAAUGCCCAUCUUCGCACUCAGAUUCCCUCUUUCGCUGCCACGCUGCGCCUUCGUGCCAGACUCGAAGCAGCAAUGGCCUCCUACCUCGAUGGCAAGGGCUACACGCAAGUACGGCCGCCGAUUAUGACCAGCAGCGACUGUGAAGGAGGAGGAGAGGUAUUUCAAGUCGUCGAGCCAAAGUCAAAGAAGGACAAGGACAUGGCAUCAGCCGGCACCGCCGCUACGCCCACGUACCUGACCGUCUCCUCACAGCUUCACCUUGAAGCACUCAUGCUCGGUCUAGGCAGAGUCUAUACAUUCACUCCAGCAUUCAGAGCAGAGGAUAGCGCCACAAAUCGUCACCUGCGUGAGUUUUGGAUGUGCGAAGUUGAGAUGCCAACAAUGUCAGACUCUGCCGCCUCCGAGCUCCAAGAGGUCAUCGUCAUCGCAGAGGAAUCCAUCAAGGCUGGAGCUCGGGCUGCCUUGGGAAUCGCGAGCGGCAACGAAGAGGCACAAGUUGCUCGACAAGAUGCCCAGUAUCUGUACGCAGGGGUAGAGGGCAAGAGACUAGACGAUCUAGAGCGCUACAUCGAUCAGCCAUGGGCGCGCAUGACUUACGGCGACGCCAUCGAGACGCUCCAACGCCACCACGUCGGCAACAACGGCUCCUCGACACCACCACCGGCCUGGGGACAUGACCUCUCCUCAGAGCAAGAGCGCUUCUUGGCGGAGCAAGUUGCUCAAGGACCCGUCUUCGUCACAGACUACCCCGCUCACCUCAAGCCCUUCUAUAUGCGAGAGGGCGAGGAUGCAGAGGGACGCAGAAUAGCCAGGUGUUUCGAUCUCCUCGUUCCGGGGCUCGGCGAGCUAGUGGGAGGAAGUCUGAGAGAGGAUAAUAUCGCUGUGCUCAAGCGCAAGCAGCAGGAAGCAAAGGGCAAUCGAGAUGAUCGAGCAGAGGCUCUGUCCUCAUCAUCGGCCCUCAAUGCAUGGUACGUCGACUCGCUACGAUCCUCCGGCAUGCCGCCACACGGCGGUUUCGGUAUCGGCAUGGAGCGACUCGUCGCCUGGCUUGCAAAUCGAGAGAGCGUACGAGACGUCAGCGCGUUUCCUCGCGUUGGCAGGUCUUCAGCGGCGGCCAUCUCUGAGGCAGGGGCCAGGUGGCAGUAUUGA